AUGACGUUAGAGUCGCGGCACCGUUACCUAUCGCUGGCCAUUGUGGCCAUACUAUCGCUUGAGUUGGUGUUCAUUGGCCAGCAUAUGAUGCCCGUUCAGGGCCUUAACAAACCCCUGGCCUUUAAGUCCAUACUAUCCUUCCUAUACUUAUUAAAAAAGAAAAAGCCAGAGAUUGGCUUUAUAGCCUUCCCAUUACCCCUUCCCAUACCAUUCAAGGUCAAUAAACACGAGGAACUCGUAGUGAACAACGAGAGCAAAGAGACUAAAGAGGAUACAGUGGAAAAUGCUAAUCAAGAUGUACCUCAUACGACAUACAUUGACCAUGAUAUGGAUGAAUACAGCGGUGAAGCCGCGUACGGGGGUCACUAUUAG